UGAAACUGAAUACCUAAAGCUAUUUCAACGGAUUAGCACGUAAUUAUUUGAAACUAAUUGCUGCUACGGCCACCUAAGAUUAUGGCGAAUAGGAAGCUACAGAAGGAUAUUGAUAUAAUAUUCAAAAAAAUCCUGGAGGGAUUGCACGAGUUUAAUUAUCAUUACGAAAGAUAUGAAAGCAUAAACACUGAAGAUGAUAGUGAUAAUCAACGAGAGAAGGAAAAGCUUGAAAAUGAUUUAAAGAAAGAGAUUAAACGACUUCAGAAAUUUAGAGAACAAAUUAAGAUCUGGCAACUGAAUGACGUCAUUAAGACUUUGGGGCUAUCUUCAACAGCUUUAUCAAAUAAAUUAAAUGAUAAUAAAAAACUAAUAGAAGAAGCAAUGGAAGUGUAUAAAGAUGUAGAAAGAAGUUCUAAAUUGAAAACUUUUUCAAAUCAAUCUAUUCUAAUGGCUUCAAAGGAAAAUCAUAAUAAUAGUUUCCGAGAUGAUGAUGAUGAUGAUGAUGAUGAAGAUAGUGAAGAUGAAUCUUUUGAUGAAUUUGAUUCUAAUGAUGAAGAUGAUGAAGAUGAAGAUUUACGACCCGAAUCUCAAGAAAUCGUAUCAUUUUUAAAAGAUAGUGUACUUCAACUAAGUAAUCAAACUAAGAAACUAAAUAAUGAAUUUGAUAAACUAUCUCAAAAGAAAUUACGAAAAAACAAUCUAAGUACUAUUGAAAGUAAGAAAGAAAAGAUUCAAUCAACUAUUGAGGCCAAUAAAUUCCAUAGUAAAAAACUAUUGAAGAUUAUUAAAUUAAUUAGAGCCAAUAAAUUAACUGAUGUCAAUGUAUGCUGGGUCAUUAAAAAUGAUUUAGAAAAAUUCAUUGAAUCUGGUGAAAAUGAUGAAUUUGAUGAAGGCUUAUAUGAUGAUAUCUUUAAUCUGGUCACUGCCGAAGAAGAAGAUUUUGUAGAUUAUACUGACAACAAUACCCAAACUAAUGCUAAUGAUGCAAAUACUAAUGAAAAUGAUAUCUUAGCAACUCCAGUUAAACCUGAAAGAGAAGAGAAUCAUACGAAUCACUUUAAUGGACCUUCACAACCGGAAAUCAAACUGAAAGUAUCUUCCACAACUAAUAGUUUAACUUCUCCACUCCCGAAGAAAGUGGUAAGUCCUGAAUUAGCCAGUCCUGCUAUUGUGCGUAAUCUAAAACCUGCCCCCACCCCUUCAAAGCCCGUAGGGACCAUGAAAUGGUCGGCUGCAGCAGUUGCAGGAUUAGCUGAUCAUUCUAGUUCUUCAAGUAGUAAAUCACCUGAACCAUCUGGAGUUUCUAGUAAUGGUACUUCAAUAACAAGUAUAGAGGAAGAACAAGAACAGGAAAAACAAUCAAAACAAGAACAUCACCGUGAAUCUCAACAAACUGAUUCCCAACCGAAAGUAUAUUAUGAAGACCAUGUCAUUCAGCAACAACAACGAGAAGACUCCAACAAAUAUUCAACCAUUCUUCGAGAAUCAGGAUUUUCAAAUGUCGAAUUGAAUUUAUUCAGUGAUAUGAAAUUAGUUACUUUACCACCGGGAAUGCAAGAUUUAGUAGUAUCUUUUACUUCCAAGAGAAAUAAAUCAGACGAUUUCAAGUUAUUAGUGGAUGAAAAAGAGUAUAAUCAAUAUACUAUUCCAAUAACAAAGCCAUUUUUACCUGAAAAUAUUAAUAAUUUCCCCGUUCAAUUUUUGAAAUUACAAGCUGGUUGGAAUAAAAUUAGAGGACAAUAUGAAUUUAAUAAUGUAGUUAAUGAGAUUAAAGAAUUAUUUGCCAGUAAUAAUGCAAAUGCUAUUCCUCGAAUUAACGAAUUAACAAAUGUAUUGUUUUACGGAUUUUAUUAUGGAAUAACUCCAGUGGAAAAUUUAAUUGCUGAGGAAAGUCUUUUUAAUUUGGGUUGGAAACCCUAUAGAUUGCAGGAAGCUGGUCAAAAUCCAUUAAUUAGUAAUAAUCUUAAAUCUAAUAAUUACUUCUUUUGGGUUAGAAAGAUUAACUCAUUACCAUCUAAUGAUUCCAACUUUGAAUUUGGAGAUUUCCAAGUAUUUAAUUUAACUACUUGGGAAAUCUUUGUUAAGAAUAAUUAUAAGUUGGAAACAAGAUUAUUACAAGUUUCUCCUUCUAUAACCGUUUAAGAGUUAUAAUUUUAUUAUUAUUACUACUCUAUUAGUUUUAUUGUUGUUCUCUAUGUACGUUUGGUCAUCCUCUUUUACUUUGUUUAUUAGUUCGAAUAUUGGUAUUAUUGUCAAUGUUAAUACAUAGUCAUAAUUCAUCGAACCGACACUGUAGAUCUGAAGUUAAAAUGAUUGGAAUUUCAUCAUCCGAAUCAAGUGAUUCAAAUACAAGUAUAUCAUCAUUACUAAUAGAUGAACAUAGUAUUAUAGGGGAAGUACAUGGUGGUGAAAACUCUUGUGGUUGAGAGUUUUGCGGAGAAAAGAAUCUUUCAAUUACUGAAUCUUGGGUAGUUGAAA